CAUUGGGUGAGAUCCCUGCUCCACCUGCAAACCUCUUUCUUGCCCUACAAUUAAAAUAUACGUAAACUUUAAGGAUUAUUUCUGCAAGAAGAUGAUGCAUGAUUACUUGAUGAGGUAAAUAACUCCUUUCAAUUUCAUCAACUUUUUUAGUCAUUAGGCUACUUUAGUCUACCUUACUAUAAAAGGUGUCUUUGUAGUAUUGAUUAUUAGAAUAUUAAGUUUUAAAUUAUUUAUAAGGGAUCACAACUACGGUCUAUAAACGGUACCAUCACAGAAAAACCAUCAUCAGAUUAUGAGACUUAGUUUCCAGCUCCACCUAUAAACCUCUUUCUUGCCCUACACUUAGAAUAUACAUAAACUUUAAGGACUAUUUCUGCAAGGAGAAGAUCAUGGAUGAUUACGAUAAUGAUUUACAAAAGAAACUUGAUGAUGUAAUGCCAUGGAUAGGCUUGUAUAUCGCGUCAGCUUCUGCAAUUUGCACACUUGCAAUGGUAGCUGAUAUUCUCAACCGAUUCGGAUCCGAUCGCUUUGCAAGGAUAAGUAGUUUAUUUUUUAUGGCAACCGCGAUGGCUAAUUUCAUGUCAUCCUUGGGUUCCAUGGAAGAUAAAGAGAUUCUAAUGAAUGUUGUUGCGCUUGGGAUCCUUGUAAUCACAAUCCUGAUUAACGUCUUGAUACAAGGCUUUCAGUUGCAGGGCUCUCUUGGUACUAAUUUUUUGCAUAAUGACGUGAUUCCUACAUUUUUUAUGCUUCUUUUGUUUGCUACAUUAGUUUCUUCAGCAAUCACGCUCCCAUCCAGCAAAAGGAGUUUGGAGUCGAAGUACCAAGAGAUGCACAAGGUAGCUAUAGAGGAAGAAGGGAUGGCGAAAAGGGGGCAAGUCUUCAAAAUCGACGAACGAAUGAUUGAUGGGAUGAAGAAAUACUGGGUGAUGGCAGAGACUAGCUACCCUCAAUUUGUGAUGGCACGUUCCGUCUUUUGCACUACUUCAAGUGUUUUUUGCUUACUAUCUGCCCUCUUUUUGCUAUAUGAUCUUAUUUCAUGGUUCAUCGGUAUGGGGAAAGUCAGGCUCGGAGCAUCCCACUCUGUAUAUGGACAUUACACGAGAUGGAUUCUAAUAGUUCAAACAAUUGGGGUGGUGGUGGGCACAAUUGCACCUUUUUUCAGAUGGUUCACUGCUGUCAAAUUCAAAUGCCUAAUGGCAUGUCAUAAAAUUAGCAUCAGAGAGGAACUCAAGAUUGAGAUGCACUGGACCCAAAGUCUUGUUAACUGGAGAGACAGCUUCUCAGAUUUACAAAUUAGAACAACAAGUUUAGGAAGUAUCUUCAUGAUGCAAAAUGGUUUUUUUCUCUUGUGUUUCAAGAAAUUCAAGAUGCAAUGUUUAUCCAAACUUACAACCUCAAAUAUUGAUAUGGAAUCCGAAUCAGGAGGUGACACAGAGCUGAAUCUCAACCGUUUUGCUCUUCUACUUGAUGGAGAAUCAGAGCUACCCAAAAGGACCCUGAAGUACAUCUUCCGCCAGGCGGAUAAGGUUAUUGAAAUGGGUGAAAAGCAGCAACCGCAAUAUCUAAUACAUCUUCUAAAUAUAUUCAGUAACUUUAGAGGGGUAAGAGAUUUUGACAGCUCUCAAGUUCCAAGUCUACAUUCGCAAGAACCUCCAAAUUGCUGGUCUCUACCAUUAGUAACUCUUACAAGCAUUGCAAUUUCACUUCCAAAUGUUGCAAAUAACAAGAAGGCCACACAACUAAUGAGCAGUGUGAGCGAAGGGUUGUCCCUCGUCAAGCUUAUAGAGAAUGCACUCUAUGAAAGUGAUGAACUCGUGAACAUCAGAAAUGCUGCAGACGUUUCUUGGGCUAGAGUCUCACUGUACAUGAAGUGGCAAGGGAUGGAUCUUAGGAAGAUAUCUCUUAAAUGCAAACAGUCCAAGAAUGUAUUACAAGAGCUCUCCAACAAUGCUGAAAAAACGAUUGAGAAGUUCAAGAGAACAACAAAUGAUUUGGAAAAUCCACUCAACUGGUCAGCUAACAUUAUAGCAGCCAAUUCAAUGUAUCGGAUCAGUCAAACUAUUUUGCUAUCUUGCCAAGAGGAAAAUGAGCAAAACGAUGAGGACUUGUUUCAGCGGUUAUCUGUAAUGAUUGCAGAUAUUCUGGCAGCUUGUUUUACAAAUUUAACACGCGUGAUAAUUACCAAGUGUCACCAAAAUGCCAUUGAAAGACGGGAGAAGAGUGUUGGCGAAGCGUUUCUCCUUCUUGGUAAAACAAAGCAAAUUCUUGAACUUCUCCAACAGUAUGAAUGGCCAUCUCUAGAUCUUGACAAUGUUGGAUACAUUGAAAAAUGGCGUGAUUUCUUUAAGGAGAAUAAUCAGACUCCAAUGGCCUCCCCUUCAACUUCAAGUGAUGAAGCAGUGAAAAGUCUAGUUUCUAAUGAAGAGCAAGUAACUGCUAUAAAAAUCAUAAACUGAUAUUCUAUUUCUUCCUACUUAAUUGCUUGGUAAUAUUUGUGUUUUU